CUAAUUUUAUAUAAUGCAGAUUCAUUCUGAGUACACAUUUAACUUCGAUUGGGAGACUGUGGUUAAAGGCUUCUGGAAAAAGUAUCCAUGCAAAGAAUUCGACUUCAUAAAAUUCAAUCAAGUUGUAGAUAUGAUGCUUAAUGACAAUAAUACUAUGUCUAUUAAGAGAAUCGUCUACGCUCGCAAAUUCAUGGUUUGGUGCUUGACUCUGGAAGAGAUCACUUUUGAUAUUGAGAACAGAAGCAUGGAGAUGCAAACCAAGUUAUUGAAAGCCUGCAAGUAUUACCCGAACCUUUCAGGAGACGAAUCAAUCAUUUAUAAAGCAAUAGACGAUUAAAAAACUCAUUAUUCUAAACUAUUGUCAAAUUUUCAUUAAACUUUUGUGUCAAAAUUGAUAUCUCAAUUCAACAGUUCUUUUAAAAAAGGCAUUGAGGUUGUCGAAGCAAGAUGUAGAGAGCUUUAAAGCAAUUAAUGACGAUAAAUAAAUUUUUAACUAUUAAUCAAUUAUUUAUUAUAAUAUUUUAA